AUGGAUGAGUUAUUUCGAACAAUUCAUAGUUUUCUAUCAACUUUUGGUUGUAUAAUAAAUGGAACUCUAAUUUAUGCAGUUCUAACAAGAAGUCCAAGACAAAUUAAGAAUUAUGGUUUGAUUAUUAUUAAUUUUGCCAUAACCGAUUUCUUCAUCUGUUUUCUCAAUUUUAUUGUAAUGCAAAGACUUAUUGCUUGUGGAUAUUCAAUUGUUUAUAUUUCUCUUGGACCAUGUUCAUAUUUUUCAAGUGAAAUUUGUUUCGGAUUUUAUGUUUCGAUGCUUCAUUUUUAUACUCAUUCAAUCUGGCUUCUUAUUUUUUCCUUCACUUAUCGAUAUUAUGUUUUAUUCCAUGCAAAAACAGUUACAAGAUUGAAAGUGCAAAUUAUCAUUUUAUUAAUUUAUAUUCCAUCGCUAUUUCAAUUAGUUAAUGUGGUUCAAAAUCAUACAACCGGAGAUAUUGCAAAACGAAUUUUGGAAGAAAAACAUCCAGAAAUUGAAAUUCCAAGUAUUCGAAUGCUAUCAGCGAAUCCUCAUAUUUUUGAUUUCUCAGUUUUAUAUGUUAUAAUUCAUGUUGUUGGUUUAAGUAUUCCAUUAACAUUGGCUAUUGUAUUUUUGAGAUAUAAAACAAUCAAAAAAUUGGAAACUAUUGGAAAUGCUAAAUCUGCUAAAUCAAAAAGGCUUCAAUUACAACUUAUGAAGGUGAUAGAGGUGAUCUGAAAAAUAAAUAAAAAAUGAAGUUGUUGCAGGCUUUAACAUUUCAAGCAAUCAUUCCAAUAUUUUACAUAAUUGGCGGAUUUUGUUAUCCAAUUCAACAUUUCAAACAAAUCAAAAGUGAUAUUCCACAAUACAUGAUGUAUUGUAUAUUUCUUCUUGUUCCGAUUCUGAAUCCAAUCUCGUCUUUCAUUUUUGUUGGACCUUAUCGCAACUUUAUUUUAUCAAAAGUCAAGGAUACAAAAUACAAAAUGACAAGUUAUACUGAUAGAAGUGCUACUUUGAUUUAA